AUGAAGACUACCUUAGUUUUGCCUCUGUUGGUUUGUGUCGGUUUAACCGUUGGCGCCCAAAAGAAUGACUUUUAUUGCGAUACCUGUGUAGCAUUUGCAUCUGCGAUAAAAGAACUCGUAUUAGAAGAAGUUCCAUUGUUAUCUACAAUCUCUUCUAAAAGAAGCAAUAAUAUGUGGCGUAAUUCCAAAAUUAACUACUCUCGAAUGACUGAAGAGGAAAUUAGAGAAAUGAUGGAUUCUAUUACGACGGACGAAGAAUCUGAAUACGAUGACGAAGACUACGGCGAGUUUGUGGACGACUCCGAUUACUUGGUUGAAACUGAUGACGAAGUUUCAUCAAGUAAAGAUGAACUUACAAAAGAUAAAGACAAUGUAAUUAACGAAUGUCUAUCAGAUAUGCAGAGACUAUCAUCAGCCGAAUUUCUUACGAAAUCUACAGAGUUAGAUCUGAAUGUAACUGGAUGUUUCUCUCCAAUGACAUCGACUCCAGCACCUUCGCCUAAACCAGCAACAUCAAAAAAUAUAUUGUCAGUCUCAACAGUAGGUGUUUUAUCAGCAACAGUGACGGAAUCUAAAGAUGUUCAACCAUCAAUAGCAGCAGCGACGGAAUCCGGAGAUGUUCAACCAUCCACUUCAGCAGGAAGUACCGAGUGCAGUGCUAUUUAUCUGGAACAAAAGCCUAUGAAAAGAGCAAAGUCACCAUUACCCGAGAAUGAGCCUGAGGGUCCCCAAAUGCUACCUAACAAUGGCGGGUUUAUUGGACAAGCAAUACCAACGAAGGAAAAUAGUCAAGUAGGACCUAAAAGAAGCCGAUGGAACACCCCGAGACCAUCUGUGUGGAAAAGAAAUGUUGAAAACAGCAAACGAGUUGAAGGAAAACCCUACAAAAGUACCACUGGUAGAAUGCAAGCUCCUAAAAUUCCAAAAGCGGUUAAUUGCUCUAAAUGUCUUCUGAAGAGAACCGGAAGUUGCUAUGUCAAACUUAUGCGAUGUUACAUGGACUUACAUCCAGGAAACAUGCUGCUGGAAGUUUUAGAAGAUGUAGAAGUGUUGUCGGAGGAAGAAAUUCCAGAAAAUCUACCAUGUACAUCUGCACUAGAUACCAGCUGGGAAAGAUAUUCGACAACAAGUUUGCAGCAACCUGUAGCAGAGAAGUUGUCUACUCCAAGAGGAGGUGAGAUAUUAGCUAAUAUGUUUUGA